UCAUGAUCUCAAGACCACAUUAUGGCGAUGUUAUCGAAUUCUCAAGAGGAACACGCGAUCAAGUGAAUUGCUUUACACCUCCAGAUAAGGACAUUAUCUGAAAAAGCAAGCUGCCAUCAUGAAGAUAACCUUUUUGACUGAGGAAUGGACUCAAUCAACCAAAGGCAGUUGUUCCACCUUCAUGAGACAGAUGGCCAUAGAACUUUCUAGACUAGAAAAUGUAGAAAUUGGUAUUUUAAUUCCAAGUGCCAGUCCAGAGGAUAAAGAAGAUGCCCAAAAAUACAACAUCAAGGUUUUUGAACCUGAGAAACUUACAGGUUAUGAACCAGUUAAUUGUCUGCAGUUUCCUCCACAAGGAUUUAGCACUGACUUUAUCAUUGGUCAGGGCAUUAAGUCUGGAUGUCAUGGACAGGUCUUUAAGAAUAACCUUGGCUGUAAAUGGGUGCAUGUGGUCCUAAGAAAUGCAGAAGAAACAGCAAUGUUCCAGAAAACCCCAGGUGCCAUUUCCGAAGGGCAAAAACAGCGUGAAACUGAGGUAGAAUUGUGUAAAAAGGCUGACAUGGUUAUAACAGUUGGCUCUAAGCUCAAUGAAACCUUUAGAUCUGCUCUGCAUCAGUGUAAGAAAGAUCAUGUUUUCAAUCUUAUACCUGGCAUUUUUGAUGAGUUUUCUGGAGAGCAGAAGCAAUUCCAAAAUUCAAAGAACUUUGAAAUCUUACUGUUUGGCAAAGGGAACACUGAAGACUUUGAACUAAAAGGUCUUCAUGUUGCUGCCAAAGCUGUGGCACAUCUCAAUAAGUAUGAGCCAUCAUACAUUCUCAAAGUUGUUGGUGCCCCUGAGGGAGAACAAGAGAAACUGGCUGGGAGGUUGGAAGAUCUUGAGAUCUCUCGUAGUCAACUGAUUGUGAGAAGUUUUUACAAAGAAAGAAGAAAACUGGCUCAGCUAUUUUUGGAAGUGGAUCUUGUUUUGAUGCCUUCAGGUACAGAGGCAUUUGGUCUCACAGCUUUGGAGGCAUUGUCAGCAGGUGUACCAAUCCUUAUUACCCAUAAUUCUGGCUUGGCAGAGGCUCUGGAGGAAGUACUUUUUGGGCACGGAUGCAUAGUACAUAAAGAAGCUGACUGGGCUAAAAAAUCAAACAAGCACGAAGAGGCAAGCAUGCUAUGCAACAAGUAUAAAGAGAAAUACUGUUGGCAGAACCAAUGUACUGCUUUUGUGACAAAGCUUAGGGCCUUGCAUUCAGGACAUGCUGAGGAAAUGCAACAGGAGUCCCAAGGCAAAAGGCAUUCAGCUCAAAAGCGAGUGGCUGACCCUGCUAAGGAUCCAGACCAGUCUGCAUCAAAGACAGAUUUUUCUUCUGUAUCUGGAAAGCGACUAAAAGGUGACUUCCCUAUAAAAUGAAGGAACAAUGUAACU